CGGAAGUGCAUGCGCAAAAGGACAGCCACGUAUCGUGAACCGACGUUUGAUGUCUAUUCCACUUUAUUCUGACAUAUAUUUCUCGAUUUUGUGAAGAAAAGGAACGUUUUAAAUAUGCCUCUUCGACUUGAUAUAAAGCGGAAGCUAUCGGCUCGAUCUGAUCGUGUGAAAUGUGUCGACCUACAUCCAUCGGAACCAUGGAUGCUGGCCAGUCUAUACAACGGAAAUGUCCAUAUAUGGAAUUAUGAGUCACAGCAACUGAUCAAAUCGUUUGAAGUGUGCGACCUUCCUGUGCGAGCGGCGCGGUUUGUUGCCAGAAAGAAUUGGGUGAUCACCGGAUCAGAUGAUAUGCACAUCCGUGUUUUCAAUUACAACACGCUGGAGCGAGCGCACCAGUUCGAGGCACACUCGGACUACCUGCGAUCCAUCGCCGUUCACCCGUCACAGCCGUACAUCCUGACUAGCAGUGAUGACAUGCUGAUCAAGCUGUGGGACUGGGACAAGAAGUGGACAUGCACGAUGGUGUUCGAGGGACACACCCACUACGUCAUGCAGAUCGUCAUCAACCCUAAAGACAACAACCAGUUUGCCAGUGCCUCGCUAGACAGAACUGUCAAGGUUUGGCAUCUUGGUUCGCAAACAGCAAACUUCACGCUGGAAGGUCAUGAAAAGGGAGUUAACUGUUUAGAUUACUACGCCGGAGGAGACAAGCCUUACAUAAUGUCAGGAGCUGAUGACCGGUUGAUUAAAAUCUGGGAUUACCUGAACAAGACGUGUGUCCAGACACUGGAGGGCCACGCCCAGAAUGUUUCCGCCGUCUCCUUCCACCCCGAGCUGCCAAUCAUCUUGACAGGCUCGGAAGAUGGAACUGUGCGGAUAUGGCACGCGAACACGUACCGACUUGAGAGCACCCUGAACUACGGGCUGGAGAGGGUGUGGACAGUGGCCUGUCGGAAAGGAUCCAACAACGUGGCUCUAGGAUACGAUGAAGGAAGCAUCAUAAUAAAGCUGGGUCGGGAGGAGCCGGCCAUGUCGAUGGAUUCGAGUGGGAAGAUCAUCUGGGCGAAGCACGCCGAGAUCCAGCAGGCCAACAUCAAAUCGAUGGGAGACCAGGAGAUCAAAGAUGGGGAGCGGCUCCCCCUCGCCGUCAAGGACAUGGGGAGCUGUGAGAUCUACCCACAGACCAUCGCUCACAACCCUAACGGAAGGUUUGUGGUAGUGUGUGGAGACGGAGAGUAUAUCAUCUACACAGCGAUGGCGUUAAGAAACAAGAGUUUCGGCUCGGCCCAGGAGUUUGUGUGGAGCAUGGACUCGUCCAUGUACGCGGUCAGGGAGGGAUCCACCAGCAUAAAGAUCUUCAAAAACUUCAAAGAACAGAAAUCAUUCAAACCAGACUUUGGGGCUGAGGGUAUCUGUGGAGGUUUCAUGCUGGGGGUUCGGUCAGUGAGCGGUCUGGCGUUCUACGAUUGGGAUUCCACAGAACUGGUCCGGAGAAUUGAAAUCACACCUAAACAGAUCUACUGGAGUGAGACGGGAGAACUGGUGUGUAUUGCGACUGAAGAGUCGUUCUUCAUCUUGAAAUACAGCACAGAGGCUGUGGAUCGUGCACGUGAAACCAAGGAAGGGGUCACUGAGGAUGGCAUUGAAGACGCGUUUGAGGUAGUAGGAGAGAUUGAAGAGGUCGUAAAGACCGGCCUGUGGGUGGGUGACUGUUUUAUUUACACGAACAGCGUCAAUCGUCUCAACUACUACGUGGGAGGGGAGAUCGUCACUGUCGCACAUUUAGACAGAAUGAUGUACCUGCUGGGCUACAUCCCGAAGGACAACCGCCUGUACCUGGGAGACAAGGAGUUGAACGUCAUCAGCUUCUCACUGCUCGUCUCCGUCCUCGAGUACCAAACCGCCGUCAUGAGGCGCGACUUCGAGACCGCCGACAAAGUGCUACCCACAAUCCCUAGAGACCAGAGAACUAGAGUGGCUCACUUCCUCGAGAAACAGGGAUUUAAGUCUCAAGCAAUGGCUGUGACCAGCGACUCGGAACACAAGUUUGAGCUGGCUGUUGGCCUCGGAGAUCUGAAAAUAGCGUACCAGCUAGCUAAAGAAAUUGAGUCUGAACAGAAGUGGAAGCAGCUUGCGGAGCUGGCGAUAAAGAAGUGUGAGUUCGGCCUCGCCCAGGAGUGUCUGCACCAGGCGCAGGACUUCGGGGGUCUACUGCUGCUCGCUGGCUCGGCCGGCAACGCAGACAUGGUGUCGAAAGUGGCCAGCACGGCAGAGAAAGCCGGACAGAACAACGUGGCCUUUUUGUCAUACUUUACAUUGGGCAGACUGGAAGAAUGUUUGGAAGUGCUCAUCAACACAGGCAGGUUACCCGAGGCGGCUUUCUUCGCAAGAACCUAUUUGCCUAGUCACAUCUCAAGAGUGGUGUCCCUUUGGCGACAGAACCUUGCCACGAUAAACAAGAAAGCGGCCGAGUCGCUAGCCGACCCGACGGAGUAUGAAAACCUCUUCCCGGGACUACGAGCCGCGUUUAAGACGGAGCAGUUCCUCGAGCCACAGAGGAGGAGGUUACCACCGGCCAGCGCUUACCCCAAGAUUCCGUCAAACAGUGAGAGGAACCCCGUUGACGAGAUGAUGCGUGCGGAGGAAGCGGGUAACUUCGUGUACGCGUCGCCGACUGAUGCUGAGGUCGAUGACGAUGAUGAUGAAGAGUUUGACGACGCGAAGGAGAAGACUGAGGUAAAACACCAUGAAGAUCACAAACCUGAAGAAACGUUACCGAAAAUCAGUUCUGCACCAACACAACCUGCCCCUAAAUCUGAAAAUCCACCCCCUGUCACCAAGUCUGAAACUCCGCCCCUGGUCGCCAAGUCGGAACCUCCUCCUGCCAAGCCUGAAACUAAACCAGACGUCUCUAAACCGGAACCCCCGACCGCGACGGCGAAAUCCGAAGAAACUCCCAGCAGUCGAACAAUUGACGAGAUAGAGAAGGAAUUGGAGCUCGAUUUAGAAAACAUUAAAAUAGAUGACAACAUUGAUACUUCUGAUGUAAAUUUAGAUGAAGAUCUGUUAGAAGACUAGUUACAUAAUGGAAAGACUUUUCUUUAUUUGCCUGACAAACCGUUCACGAAGAAACUGUUGACAAAUAAACAACUUAUUGUGCACAAACAGCUGAAUAGACACAAAUAAGUAACCGACGGUGCACAGAUGUUGAUUGUGCACAAGAAGCCAGCUGAUUGAGCACAAAUAACCGAGUAAAUAUUUAAAAUCUGAUUUUGCACAGACACUGAAUAGUGCAAAAAAAUAGGUAACUGGCUGUGCACCAGAGUUGUUCAAGUUGGAUGAAUAUCUGAAUGUUCACAAAUUCCGAAUGACUAAAGGAAAGAAAUGAGAACCUGGAUGAACAGGUUUUAAAAUGUUGGGUUUCAUCUUCACUGGAAAAUAUAUUUCUGAAGAGUAACCGACUGGGGGAAAUGGGUUUUGUUAAAUUUAAUAAAUAUUUGUCUGUAAAUAAUAAAAAUGAAUUGUUAUUUUUUUUUAUUCCACUGUGUUACGAUUCAACAAACCAAGAAAAUAAUUUGAUUUAAAGCAAUUUUUAGUGACAUGUCAUAUUUAACCAGCAGUUAUGUGUCCUAAUUGCUGAUCAACGAGCAAUUUUUUUUGUGGUAAUGUAAUAACGCGAAAUGCUCACCAAGUAUAAUUCGACAUCAAUUUUUAUUUUAAUAAAAAUUAUAGCACCGUAAUCCACUUGCAAAAGCAGAUAUAUUGAACUGCACAUUUUGGUGCAUGCAAAAGUUGGGAGUAGGCCCAAGUAUCUACUGCACCACAUAUUCUUUUGUAAUAGUGGAUCCAUUCAGGUUUUUACCAUUCCAGCUGCAUUAUGUCUGGGGAUUAUCAAAGGUUAUUGUAUGAGCUGUCAUAACAAAAUGCAUAUUGAAGACCUGUGGAUGUCGACCAAUAUGUGUAACUUAUGUGACAACAAAUUUCCUCUGAUUUUCUGCAUGUGGAAACUCCUAUAAAAAGUUGAGUGGAUUGAACUGCCUGUAAAGCGGUAUUCAACAGGACCUGGGGCCUAAUUCACAACGGUCUCUUAGGCUCUGUUAGACAACAAAGCAUCCUUUUUGCACUGUGAUAUCACUGUGAGAGUUAAGUGGAUUAGGCUCCUGGUAUUUUGAAGUGAUAUAACAAUCUACCAGCUUUUGUUUAGCUGUGAGAAAUUCACUGUGAACUGUUCUACUGUGACUAUCAAAAUGACUGAUCUUUUAUUUUUAGUUUACACAGCAACUAUACUGUGUAAUGUUUAGCUCACGUUGUUAUGUUGGUUAUCGCUUCAUCACAUUGAUGAUUGUUAACAGUAUUUUACAUCAUUUGCCAUAUACACCACCAUAAAAGGUACCAUUAUUAUGAGGGAUAUUAAAAUAUCAAGUUGUUUUGUUUUGGAUUUUUUAACUGAAAAAGAAGAAGUAAUUUACAAUGUAUAUUUUAAUUAGGAAAACAAUAAGUGGUAUUAAAAUAUUAAUACAUUUUUAAAAAUUGCUGGAUUAAUUUUUUUAUUUUAUUAAUAUGGUGGAUACAAUGUUACAAUCAAAUAGUGGUUUUAAACAAAUGUACUGUAUGAAUUUAUAUGCUGAAAACUAAAAUUACUCUGUGCUAAAUAUUUGUUAGCAAUUUAAAAAUUGGGUUUGAAAUUUGUCACCAUAUUCAGGACAUUUUGGCACAAAUAAAUGAUAUAAAACAAAACUUACUCAAUGUUGAAUUACGAAAUAUAAUUGCUGUGUUGAACUUCAGUUCAUAGUUAGUGAUUGGUAAAUACCAUCUUAAAAUAUUGCAUAUAAAUAUUGCUUCAACUCUCCAAUGUUGUUUACACAAACAUUGACACUUUUUUCUUUUUUUUUCUUCAGUGUAUUUAAACAUUCCACAUUACGGGGCCUCAGUUUACUGUAAACAAUUCUGAAUAGUGCAUUUUUGUGAAAUUGUAACAUGACCACACCACUGUAUUUAUUUAUACAUUGUAUAUUGAAUGCAAUAAACAAGAUUUCAGUAUG